CCACGUAGAAGACCACUGUUCCUUGAGUAUACAAACGUUUUUUAAAACGCAAAAUAAAUAAAACAAACAGUUGUGUAGCUAGACCAACCAAGAUAUGACUUCUGGAGCGGUAUUGUUCAAAUCAGUUAAAAGAAAUCAUGUCCGACUACAGAAACAUCGGCGUGCGACAAAUAACAGAUGCGAGAGAAAGUCGGAGCAGAACUUUCAAAGUUGCCCCGAAGAAAAUGAAAACAAAGAGGCACAUGAUCGGAUUCAAACAGUCACAAUCUCCUUCUUGUCAUAAUUCCCACAACUGUCGCAAAGAUUUUACAACCCCAAAACGAAGACCAAGAGUCAGAUUCAACGGUUCCUACGGAGGAGAUUCGCCUAAUGAGACUGAAUCCCUGCAAGAUAUCAUCUGGGAUCCAAACUCACCCACGCAAGACUUGAAUGGACAAGGUGAUGGGAGAGUCAUUGAAAUAUCAGAGAUUGUCAACAGAAUUGCACCGACAGUUGAGAAAGCCAAAGAUGGAGACUCGGUGCUCCAGUGGAUUGGAGACAGUGCCAUUGCCUGCACUCCAGAGAUCCGACAGCCCAGAGUCAGGAGGAUCUCCACACGGCAGAGCAAUGUUGAGGACCUGAAGAAACUUGCAAAACAGUUUGACAUCAGUAUGACUCGCCAGGAUAAAGAGAAGGAACAAAAAAGCACAGAAGGAAGAAAUAAACUUAAUAAGCUACAAAGUGAUGGUGCAAUUACAAUGCAGAGAUCAACAUCAAACCCAGUCUUGUCCGCACAGCUAACCGACUGCUCGUCGCUUGAAGAAGAAGAGCAGGAGCUUCAGGCGCUGUUUGAUGGUCCCACUCAGCAUGUAAGUGGGAGACUGAGCCCACCAUCAGUCAACUCCACACCAGAAAACAAAACUGAACCUGUAGCUCAGGCUGAACUGAGAAUGAGUUCUGCAGCUACAAAUUUUGACGAUGACUGGGAAAAUGACGACCUGCUGAAUGACUCCUUUGUGUUGGAAAUGACACAGAAUCCAGUUCCUAUGAAUGUAGCUCAAAAACGAAGCACUGCUCGGCCUGAACCUUCCACUAAAAAAUGCAGUUUUGUGACCAAGAUUAAUCAAUCUAAUGCCAGAAGCAUCUGCACAGAGGGUCAACAGAGUACCAGCAAAAGCAGCACCUUUACCAAGACACUUCCUAACGUCAAAGCAUCAAAUCAAAGCACUUUUAGGCCGAAGCCAUCCACUUCUGCCAAUAAUCAAAAUACUGAGAAGCUGCUAAAGACUGCACCUGUGAACCAAGCAAACCAGCAAGCUUGCUCAUCUCAGGAUGUAAGAAAAGGAGUGAUUGAUGAAGCAUCCAAAAGCAGUGGAGCUUCAAGUCAGGCCUCUUCUUGUCAGUUUGAUGGGGUUUCAGAAGAAGACAUGAAGUCUCUGUUUGAUUCUGACGGUCUGUGGAAUGAUGAAGAUGACGAUCUGCUUUUCAAGGUUUGCGACGAUGUGGAGAAGUUAUCUGCCAGUCAGGAACAGCAAAAACUUGCACAUGAAUCUAAAAGCUCUGCUUCUAAAGCACCUUCCUCUUCCAACACUAUUGGCCAACAACAAGAACCCACAAAGUCCACAAGAGUCUUUGCUCGCUCAAAUUCAGUACCAUGCACAAGUAACAGCUCUGGGUUUAAACUAGGAUACAGUGUAUUACCAACUUCUGAAAGUUCCAGCUCUGGUUCUGGGAAUCAGAGCGCUCAGUAUUAUGGGCAUGCACAAAACAAAUCAGACUUAGCACACAAGACUGUAGUCAGAGCCAUGGGCUCUUCAGAGACUGGAGGAAAUACUUCUAAAUCUCAUUAUACGUUCAAGAGACAUCUGUCAGACUCCAUGACGCUCUCCAACAAAGUUUUUAUUUCUUCCCAUGCGACACCCAAGUGUUCAGCUGCUGAGAUUGAGAGGAAAAAACAGGAAGCCAUUGCGAGGAGGAGAUUACGGAUGCAGGCCAGCCAAAAACAUGGAGCACCUACAUAAGAGCCGGUACUCUACCGAAUGCAUUGGGCUGAAAAGGACUUAAUUAUGGGAUUAUGACACUGUAACUGUUUCAAUGUAGCGACAGAAGAGCUAAACACUAAUUUGUUUCUUUUAAGUAGUGUUGUCAUGAUAUUAGAUAUCAAUCAGUACUGAAAUUUUAAAAACGUCCAUUUCCCGCUAACAUUUCAGCGUGUUUUUAAACAGCUGAUUUGCCAUUGUGUUCACAUGCUCAACAGAAAUAACUGGGGUUGGCCUUGAAGGUCAUCAGUUUACCGAAUUCACCACUGAUUACUGAGUGUAACAACAGAUACUGGGAUGCUGAAGUGUUUUAAAGUCCUGAAGAUCAGCUGGUCUAUUUAUAAUCUGGCAUACGAGUGUUCUGCUAAUGAAUCGACUGGUCUUCAUGGCUUUAAAAAAGCUCCAGUGUCCCUGUAUCUGUGGUUACACUCGGAAAACAGUGGUGAGUUCGGUGAACUGAUGACCUUCAAGUACAAUCCCAGUUAUUUCUGUUGAGCAUGGGAACACAAUGGAAAAUCAGCUGUUUUUAAGAACGUGCUCAAAUGUUAGCGAGAAAUACAAAUUUAAGAUUUAAGUAUCGAUUGGUAUCGAAUUCCAGUAUCGUGCCGGUUCUCUACCAAAUGCAUUGGGUUAAAAAGGACUUAAUUAUGGGAUUAUGACACUGUAACCAUUUCAAUGUAGCGACAGAAGAGCUUAUCACUAAUUUGUCUCUUUUAAGUAGUGUUGUUACGAUUCUGGAAUUUGCUACCAAAUGGUAAUGAAAUUUAAAAAACGUCCAUUUCCCGCUAACAUUUUGACUGCGUUCUUUUACACCGCUGAUUUGCCAUUGUGUUCAAGUGCUCAACAGAAAUGACUGUGAUUGACCGUGAAGGUCAUCAGUUCAUCAAACUCACCACUGUUUACUGAAUGUAACUAAAGAUACAGGGACACUGGAGCGUUUUAAAGCCACAAAGAUCAGCUGGUCUGUUUAUAAAUGUUUAUAUAUACAUACGAGCGAUCCGCUGAUGAAUCGACUGAUCGUCAUAGUUUUAAAAAGCUCCAGUGUCUUUGUAUCUGUGGUUACACUCAUUAAACAGUGGUGAGUUUAGUGAACUGAUGACCUUCACGGCCAAUCACAGUCAUUUCUGUUAAGCACAUGAACACAAUGGCAAAUCAGCGCUGUUUAGAAACGUGCUCAAAUGUUAGCAAGAAAUAGACGUAUUUAAGAUUUCAGUACAGAUCAGUAUCAAAUUCCAGUAUCGUGACAACACUACUUAUACGAAAAUGUUACUUGAAGAUAUCUUCUGAAUAAUGUACCAAAUGGGUGGAGUACCACAAAACAAGCAAUUUCUUGCACAUUAUAGUUCCAAUAUUACAACCCAGUAUUGUGAGUAACAUUAACGUCUGAUGUCUUCACAAUUUUUGAUGAAACGUUUUUACCGUGUGCCAUCUAAAUUGUGUUAGAACUGAUCCUAGAUUUCGGAUUAUGGCUCAGUAUGUCAACUUUUAUUCACUCAUUCUUGAAGAUGUAAAAAAAACUUGAAUUUUUUUUGUCAAUCAAAACCUAAAGGUCCUGGCGAUCUUGUCUGUGUGUUAUCUUUAUGUUUUCCGUUCAACACAAUUGUGUUUCAGUAUUAAAAGAAGCAAACGAAAAUAAGAAGCUUGACAUUGUGUAUUGUUGCCUUCAGAAGCCUUUAUUAAAACAUUUCCAACGUCGAA